AUGAUUACAAAUAUUAACAUUUUCCUUUUACAGGUUUACUUUUAUGCUUUUGGGCUCAUAUUGAGCAGUUCAUCGGCCAUUUAUCCAUUCAUCAAAGAUCCAUACUCUGAACGAUAUGGUCAGUUUUCCACUUCUGAAUUGGCUGAAGCGCGGGAGAUUAGUAGGGAAAUGUUUUACUUUGCAUAUAAUAAUUAUCUGCGGUAUGCAUUUCCUAUGGAUGAACUGGACCCCAUUAACUGCACUGGGAGAGGUCACGAUCAUUUAAAUCCGUCUAAUCUCAAUAUAAAUGACGUCCUUGGAGAUUAUUCGCUUUCGUUGGUAGGUUUCAUGUUAGAAACAGUGUGUGCUUUAGUUCUGAGAAAUUCAAAAGAAACUCGCACUCUUUACUUGCAGAUAGAAUCCCUUGACACUUUGGUUGUACUUAACAAUAAAAGUGAGUUUCAUAAUGCGGUCCGUUUGGUGAUCGAAAACGUAUCUUUCGAGCGGAAUGUUACAGUACAAGUUUUUGAACCGACUAUAAGAGUGAUCGGGUCCCUACUAUCAGCGCACCUAAUCUUGACAGAUCAAAAGCAUCUUUUAGGAGACUACUCGUUACAAGGUUAUGAGAAUGAACUUCUUACAUUGGCACAUGAUCUUGCUUCAAGGCUGCUACCGGCAUUUGAAGGCACUCAAACAGGUUUGCCAUUUCCGCGUGUUAAUCUUCUAAGUGGAGUGAAGAAGGAAACUGUAAACGAAACGUGUACAGCAGGAGCUGGGUCUUUGUUGUUAGAAUUCGGUAUCCUUUCAAGGCUCUUAGGUGACAAUACUUAUGAAGACUUGGCACGAAGAGUGAAUCAAAAGCUCUGGUCUUUAAGAAAUAAGGACUCAGGAUUAUUAGGAAAUGUUAUCAAUAUACAGACCGGUGAAUGGCGUGGUAUUGCUAGUGGGUUAGGUGCUGGACUUGACUCAUUCUAUGAAUAUCUUUUAAAAUCUUUCUUCCUCUUUGGAGUCCAAUCAGAUAUUAAAAUGUUUCAGGUGUCUUUGUUAGAUAUAACUUUUAUGGAGAUUUACACUCAGAUUAUGAUGCAGAUGCGUAGGGGGCGAGAUAGCUGCGUCGUUGGAACAGGUGAACCUCCGAUUUAUGUGAACGUUGAUAUGCGGGACGGUUCUAUUGUGAACACUUGGAUUGAUGCAUUGCAGGCUAGUUUCGCUGCUCUUCAAGUAUUGAAUGGCGAUGUUGACGAAGCAGUUUGCUUCCACGCACUGUAUUACUCUAUAUGGAAACGGUUCGAUGCUUUACCAGAACGAUAUAACUGGCACCUAAAAGUACCGGAAGUAGCAUUUUAUCCUCUCAGACCAGAGUUAGCUGAGUCAACUUAUAUGUUAUAUAGAGCCACUAGGAAUCCUUUCUACCUCCAUGUUGGUCGGGAAAUGCUUCAGUCUUUGAAUACCUUUACCCGUGUGCGAUGUGGUUACGCCACUGUACAUAGCGUUUUGGAUAAGUCACUGGAGGAUCGUAUGGAAUCAUUUUUUCUCUCAGAGACAACAAAAUACCUUUAUCUACUUUUUGAUACAGAAAAUCCUGUGAAUAUAAAUGAGGAACGAAUUUUGUUUACUACAGAAGGUCACGUUAUAUUGAUCGACGAUCGGCUGAGAAAUGUAGCGGGAAGUGAACGGAAGGUUUUAGCAUCAAAUCAUUCCUGUGAUGCUUUUGAGCUUCGUUAUUCUCCCCCGCUUGAGGAGUGGAGACUGAAGCAAAUGUUUUCUCUAGCGGGCAUGAAAUAUUGA